CGAAAUAAUGUACACACGAACAUCUUAGUAUGACCGUUGACUUCUGCCUCCAUUGAUAAAAGGCUAAAAGCCGAAACAUUUUCAUUUACGAGCCUUCCCAUUCCAUUUUCCCACAUCUCUCCUCUGACCUCUCUUUGACCCUUCUCUCUCUCUAGAUCUCUCAAUAAAACAGUGAAAAAAACAAACAAGAAACACAAAAUAGAGAGAGAGAGACAUUAAAUCCCAAAACUUUGUUCUCUCUGCAUUUACUCUUCUCCAACUCAGAGAUAGAGUCCCUAUGCACCGAUUCUAAUGACCAAUCAUCUCUCUCCUUCUUCAUCAUUCUCUAUCACACAAAUGCCAUAAAAACUCCAUUUCCUCUUCCUCAAUACACCAAACCAGAACAAGAAGAAGAAGAAAACAUGCAGCCACUAGUUCUUCUCGUUCUGUUUAUCCUCUGUUCUUCACUAGAGUCCGGUUCAGGUCAACCCGGUAUCAUCAACAACGAUUUUCAGACUCUUCUCGAGGUGAAGAAAUCUUUCGUCACGACUCCACAAGAAGACGAUCCUCUCCGACAAUGGAACUCUGUUAACGUCAACUACUGUUCUUGGACCGGAGUCACAUGCGACGAUACCGGUUUAUUUCGUGUAAUUGCUCUAAACCUUACCGGUUUAGGAUUAACCGGUUCGAUUUCUCCUUGGUUUGGCCGGUUUGACAACCUAAUCCACCUUGAUCUAUCUUCCAACAAUCUAGUUGGUCCCAUCCCAACUGCUCUCUCCAACCUUACUUCUUUGGAGUCUCUGUUUCUCUUUUCUAACCAACUCACCGGCGAGAUUCCGAGUCAGCUCGGCUCCCUCGUUAAUCUCCGGUCGCUAAGGAUCGGAGACAACGAGCUUGUCGGGGCUAUACCAGAGACGUUAGGGAACUUGGUUAAUAUCCAGAUGCUUGCUCUGGCUUCGUGUAGACUCACCGGUCCUAUACCGAGUCAGCUCGGUCGACUCGUCAGGGUUCAGUCAUUGAUAUUGCAAGAUAACUAUCUCGAAGGACUGAUUCCGGUGGAGUUAGGAAACUGCUCUGAUCUCACUGUGUUCACCGCGGCGGAGAACAUGCUCAACGGGACGAUACCGGCGGAGUUGGGACGGCUCGGAAGCCUAGAGAUACUCAACUUGGCGAACAACAGUCUCACCGGAGAGAUACCGAGUCAGCUCGGUGAAAUGAGCCAACUCCAGUAUCUUAGCUUGAUGGCAAAUCAACUUCAAGGUUUUAUCCCCAAGAGUUUGGCUGAUCUGAGAAAUCUUCAAACGCUUGAUUUAUCGGCGAAUAAUCUCACCGGAGAGAUACCUGAAGAAAUCUGGAACAUGAGUCAGCUUCUGGAUUUGGUUCUAGCAAACAAUCACCUCUCUGGUUCUUUACCAAAGAGCAUAUGUUCGAACAACACAAACUUGGAGCAAUUGAUUUUGUCUGGAACUCAGCUUUCAGGUGAAAUCCCUGUGGAAUUAAGCAAAUGUCAAUCGCUUAAACAGCUCGAUUUGUCGAACAAUUCGCUAGUUGGCUCGAUCCCUGAGGCAUUGUUUCAGCUAGUCGAACUCACGGAUCUUUAUCUCCACAACAAUACCUUGGAGGGUAAGUUAUCUCCUUCCAUAUCAAACCUCACCAAUCUACAGUGGCUUGUGUUGUAUCACAAUAACUUGGAAGGUACGUUACCAAAGGAGAUCAGCACGCUCGAGAAAUUAGAGGUUCUGUUUCUGUAUGAGAAUCGUUUCUCAGGGGAAAUCCCAAAGGAGAUUGGAAAUUGCACAAGCUUGAAGAUGAUCGAUCUGUUUGGGAAUCAUUUCGAAGGAGAGAUUCCUCCUUCAAUAGGAAGACUAAAGGUGCUUAACUUGCUUCACUUGAGACAGAACGAGCUUGUGGGUGGACUUCCCACCAGUUUGGGUAACUGUCAUCAACUGAAAAUCUUGGAUUUGGCGGAUAAUCAGCUCUUGGGAUCGAUUCCUUCGUCUUUCGGGUUCUUGAAGGGAUUGGAACAGUUGAUGCUUUACAACAAUUCUCUUCAAGGAAAUCUUCCUGAUUCACUUAUCAGUCUGAGGAACCUCACCAGAAUCAAUCUCUCUCACAACAGACUCAAUGGAACAAUUCAUCCGUUAUGUGGUUCGAGCUCGUAUCUCUCAUUCGAUGUCACAAACAAUGAGUUUGAAGAUGAAAUCCCUCUGGAGCUAGGAAACUCUCAAAAUCUUGAUCGUCUCAGGUUAGGCAAGAAUCAAUUCACAGGGAGAAUCCCUUGGACGUUGGGAAAAAUCCGCGAGUUGUCGCUGUUGGAUAUCUCAAGCAAUUCUCUCACAGGAACCAUUCCGCUACAGCUCGUCUUGUGUAAGAAGCUGACACACAUCGAUCUCAAUAACAAUUUUCUUUCAGGUCCAAUACCUCCAUGGCUUGGAAAGCUUUCACAGUUAGGAGAGCUCAAGCUUUCUUCUAAUCAGUUUGUUGAGUCUUUGCCUACUGAGCUGUUCAACUGUACAAAGCUGCUUGUGUUGUCUCUUGAUGGAAACUUGCUUAACGGGUCCAUCCCGCAAGAGAUUGGUAACUUGGGAGCUCUCAAUGUCCUUAACCUCGAUAAGAACCAGUUUUCAGGUUCACUUCCUCAAGCUAUGGGCAAGCUUAGCAAGCUCUACGAGCUUCGGUUAUCAAGAAACAGCUUCACAGGAGAAAUCCCAAUUGAGAUUGGACAGCUUCAGGAUCUUCAAAGUGCUUUAGAUCUCAGCUACAAUAACUUUACCGGAGAUAUACCUUCAACAAUUGGAACAUUAUCAAAGCUGGAAACACUUGAUCUUUCUCACAAUCAGCUUACAGGGGAAGUUCCUGGCGCGGUAGGGGACAUGAAGAGUUUAGGCUAUCUCAAUCUCUCUUUCAAUAACCUCGGAGGCAAACUCAAGAAACAGUUCUCAAGAUGGCCAGCUGAUUCCUUUGUAGGCAACACAGGUCUCUGUGGAAGCCCGCUUAGUCGCUGCAACAGAGUUGGAAGUAACAACAAGCAACAGGGUCUUAGUGCCAGAUCAGUUGUGAUAAUAUCAGCAAUCUCAGCAUUGAUAGCGAUUGGUUUGAUGAUACUUGUAAUCGCUCUCUUCUUCAAACAAAGGCAUGAUUUCUUCAAGAAAGUGGGUGAUGGAAGCACUGCGUACUCAUCGUCAAGCUCUUCUUCACAAGCUACACACAAGCCUCUCUUUCGAACCGGAGCUUCAAAGUCAGAUAUUAAGUGGGAAGACAUUAUGGAAGCCACGCAUAAUCUAAGCGAAGAGUUCAUGAUUGGAUCAGGAGGCUCUGGGAAGGUUUACAAGGCGGAGCUUGAUAAUGGUGAGACUGUUGCUGUGAAAAAGAUUCUCUGGAAGGAUGAUCUCAUGUCAAACAAGAGCUUCAGCAGAGAAGUUAAGACGCUUGGAAGAAUCAGACAUAGGCAUCUGGUUAAGCUAAUGGGUUACUGCAGCAGCAAGUCAGAAGGAUUGAAUCUGUUGAUAUAUGAGUACAUGAAGAACGGAAGCAUCUGGGAUUGGCUUCAUGAGGAGAAACCCGUGCUCGAAAAAAAGACGAAGCUUAUAGACUGGGAAGCAAGAUUGAGAAUAGCAGUAGGAUUGGCUCAAGGAGUAGAGUACCUUCAUCAUGACUGCGUUCCUCCUAUUGUUCACCGUGAUAUUAAAUCCAGUAAUGUGCUCCUCGAUUCAAACAUGGAAGCACAUUUAGGAGAUUUCGGUCUUGCCAAGGUCUUAACUGAGAACUGUGAUACCAACACAGAUUCAAAUACCUGGUUUGCAUGCUCUUAUGGCUACAUUGCUCCAGAGUAUGCUUACUCAUUGAAGGCGACUGAGAAGAGCGACGUUUACAGUAUGGGGAUAGUGUUGAUGGAGAUUGUGACUGGGAAAAUGCCAACCGAGUCAGUGUUUGGUGCAGAGAUGGACAUGGUGAGAUGGGUUGAAACACAUCUUGAGAUAGCGGGUUCUGUGAGAGAUAAGCUCAUAGAUCCAAAGCUUAAGCCACUUUUGCCAUUUGAGGAAGAUGCGGCUUAUCAUGUGCUUGAGAUUGCACUUCAGUGCACAAAAACUUCUCCCCAAGAGAGACCAUCUUCUAGACAAGCUUGUGAUAGUCUUCUCCAUGUCUACAACAAUAGAACGGCGGGUUAUAAAAAGCUGUGAAAACUGAUACCUGCAAAUGUUUUUGUAGACAUGAAAACUGUAAACUUUCAAAUUUUUACUGAAUUUCUGUUUCUGCUUUGUAUAGAUACAUGGUUUCAGUACAAAGAUUGUUUCGAACUUA